AUGAUCGUCGAGCGCCAUCAUCCUCUCGCUGCCGGUACCGGACAGAUAAAGAAGGAGAAGAAGAAGCGAAAGAACGCCGGAGCCUCUCGCGGGACAGCCGCAAUGCUGCUAGUCCUUGUGCAAUAUACUCCUCGUUAUGCUCCUGCUCCAGAUUGGGUAUCGAGUGUGCUCUGGAUCCGACCCGCCGUCGAGAUAGACGUACGCGUAGUCAGUUUUAUUUGUAUGCAAGCGAUCCUCGCGCCGGAUGUCCGCAUGGGUUCGAUGCGGCCACCGGCUGGGGAGGGUGUGGAUCAGGCUGCGGACGUAGAGCGGGAAAACAUUGGGAGCAAAGCGGAAGAAGAGCCGGCCACUGUGGUAGGAGUCAGGGGAUGCCCACUCCUGGCUGAUGGAUGUGUCCUGUUGGACCUGAUCCCUGAGUUUGUCGCGCGCACAGUGGAAACAGAUGUGUUGUGGUGCUUGAUGGGGUGGCAAUGA